GCGGAUCCCGCAAAACUCGCCGAUAUGUUGAAACGGAAAUUGGAACAGCAGAGGGAUCAUCUGGAAGAUAAGGACGAUCCCAAGAAGCCGGUUUCAAUAGAGGGAACCACAAUAUCAGAUUUUUUUGGCUCGCCGCUGUGGUUAAAGUUCUAUAACACGGAAAACAAGUUAAACGAGACGCUGGAUGAGCUAGACCCGCCUUCAGGCAUUCAGUGCAUGUAUAACCCUAUAGUAUACGCCUUACAAUUGCAUUGUGACUAUCUACGUCGUUAUUUAAACGGAGCGAAGAAGCUGGUUUUCAUAGGCAUGAAUCCGGGCCCCAAUGGAAUGGCUCAGACGGGCAUACCCUUUGGUAAUGUUCGAACUGUUAAGGUGCUGAUGCAGCUCUCAGGAUCUGUGGAGAAGCCUCCCAAUGAACAUCCCAAACGUCCUGUCGUGGGUUUGGACUGCAGGAUUGAGGAGCCCAGCGGCGUUCGACUGUGGGAACUGUUUUUGCGGCUAGCCGGCAACAUGGAGACCUUCGCCCAACAAUUUGUCCACAACUUCUGUCUGGCAUUUUUCGACGAAGCCGGCAAGAACUUGACACCCGGUGAGCUGAAAGGAACCUACAAACAGCAGUUGCGGGAUCGUUGCUUGGACACACUCGAGGAGCAGUUGCAUCUACUUCAACCCCAAGUGGUUGUGGCGGUUGGGGAAUAUGUUCACACCGCCUUGAAGCGUUCAAAGUUUUGCAAGUCGGAUUCUGUGAUAGUGCUCCGGUUGCCCCAUCCCAGUCCUCGGUCCGUGAAUAAUAACAAUUGGCCAGAGAAGGCGCAGGCGUUUCUGGAGGAUAAUGGUCUCAUACGGUAUAUGCGAAAUGAGGCUUAGAUGAAAAUGAAAGAUGUGUUUUUAAUUUCAUUAAUUUCAGUCAUCAAAAUGAAACAUUGUGUACAAUUUUGUAAUUUUAUAAUUAUUAAGA